UCUGUUACAUUGUAGCAAAAUGGCGACUGUCAUUCACAACCCCCUGAAAGCGCUCGGGGACCAGUUCUACAAGGAAGCCAUUGAGCACUGCCGGAGUUACAACUCGCGGCUGUGCGCGGAGCGCAGUGUGCGGCUCCCCUUCUUGGAUUCGCAAACUGGGGUGGCCCAGAACAACUGCUACAUAUGGAUGGAGAAGAGGCACCGAGGCCCAGGCCUUGCUCCAGGCCAGCUGUACACAUACCCUGCCCGCUGCUGGCGUAAGAAGAGACGAUUGCACCCACCUGAGGAUCCAAAGAUGCGGCUGCUGGAAAUAAAGCCUGAAGUGGAGCUGCCCCUGAAGAAGGAUGCAUUCACCUCGGAGAGCACCACGCUGGAGGCCUUGCUCCGAGGUGAAGGGGUUGAGAAGAAGGUGGACGCCAGAGAGGAGGAGAGCAUCCAGGAAAUACAGAGAGUUUUGGAGAAUGAUGAAAAUGUAGAAGAAGGAAAUGAAGAAGAGGAUUUAGAAGAGGAUAUUCCUAAGCGAAAGAACAGGACCAGAGGACGGGCCCGUGGCUCUGCAGGUGGCAGGAGGAGGCAUGACCCCGCCUCUCAGGAAGACCACGACAAACCCUAUGUCUGUGACAUCUGUGGCAAGCGCUACAAGAACCGGCCAGGACUCAGCUACCACUACGCUCACACUCACCUGGCCAGUGAGGAGGGGGAUGAAGCCCAAGACCAGGAGACCCGGUCCCCACCCAACCACAGAAAUGAGAACCAUAGACCCCAGAAAGGACCGGAUGGGACAGUCAUUCCUAAUAACUACUGUGACUUCUGCUUGGGGGGCUCUAACAUGAACAAGAAGAGUGGGCGGCCUGAGGAGCUGGUGUCCUGUGCAGACUGUGGACGCUCUGGUCACCCGACCUGCCUGCAGUUCACCCUGAACAUGACUGAGGCCGUCAAGACCUACAAGUGGCAGUGCAUAGAGUGCAAAUCCUGCAUCCUCUGUGGGACCUCGGAGAAUGACGACCAGCUACUCUUCUGUGAUGACUGUGACCGUGGCUACCACAUGUACUGUUUGAAUCCCCCAGUGGCUGAGCCCCCAGAAGGAAGCUGGAGCUGCCACUUGUGCUGGGAACUGCUCAAAGAAAAAGCCUCAGCCUUCGGCUGCCAAGCCUAGGCCGCCGGCUCACAGCAGGUGGCUUGCUGCUGGAGAGGUCCAACCAGAGCCCAGUUCAGUCCAGAUCGAGCCCCUGCUCCCCUGUUUGCACACAGACCACCUGUGAGGAAAACCAG